AUGGACAGUGUCGAGAUCAUCCGCAAACAAACCGAAGGCAGAGAGGUCCAGGAGCUUAUCCAGACCUGCUUCGUCUUCGCGACAGAAUUCGGCCAGCGCUCGCUGCUUGUCAUGGACAGCAACCGGAAACAAAUGAACAACCUCAAGCUCACCAAGCUUGCCUUGGACUGGGUUAGCUUCAUCUGCGACGACUGUAUCGCAUCGGAUCGAAAGACGUUCCGCUGGGCGGUCCUGGCUCUGGAGUUUGCCAUGGGAAUGACCAGAGGACGACACAUCCUGGCUCUGGGCGAGGAAGAGUAUGCCAGACUUCGGGCCAAGGUAGCCGGCUGCAUGGCUCUCCUCAUCUCGCACUUUGACAUCAUGGGGGCAAGAUCCAACCUGGCGGCGCAGGCAGAGAAGGAGCGCAUCGAGGCUUUGGUCGGGCAGUUCAAGCGCCUCGAUAAAAAUCGAAUGCUGGACGACCACGAAGCCUCCAAAUAUAUCACGGAGCAACGUUUGGAGGAGCUCGAGAAGGUUGACGAGAUCAGGAGGGCCAAGGAGGCUGAGAGACAAGCGCUGGGUCGCGUGCUCGAAGGCAACAACGAGGUCGACCGAUCCUUGGCCUAUCUCUCAUCCUCGGCCACCAACAUCACGAUGCGCUGGCAACAGGGCCACUUUGUCGGUGGCGGUACUUUUGGCAACGUUUACGCCGCCAUGAACCUGGACUCUGGUCACCUGAUGGCCGUCAAGGAAAUCCGCCUGCAGGAUCCAAAGCUGAUCCCCACCAUUGCCGAGCAGAUCAAGGACGAAAUGGGUGUCUUGGAGGUUCUCGACCAUCCCAACGUCGUCUCCUACUACGGAAUCGAGGUCCACCGCGACAGAGUCUACAUCUUCAUGGAGUUCUGUCAGGGUGGGUCUCUGGCGAACCUGUUGGAGCACGGCCGUAUCGAGGACGAGCAAGUUAUCAUGGUUUACGCGUUGCAGCUGCUUGAGGGUCUUGCCUACCUCCACGAGAGCGGCAUUGCCCACCGCGAUAUUAAACCUGAGAACAUUCUCCUCGACCACAACGGUAUCAUCAAGUAUGUCGACUUUGGUGCCGCCAAGGUCAUCGCCAGACAAGGCAAGACCCUCGUCCAGGAUCUCGCCUCCACCAAGCCAAACAAGUCGAUGACGGGAACGCCAAUGUACAUGUCUCCCGAAGUGAUCAAGGGCGAGAACCCCGGCAGGGCCGGCUCAGUCGACAUUUGGUCGCUGGGUUGCGUCAUUCUCGAAAUGGCAACCGGUCGCCGUCCUUGGGCCAACCUGGACAACGAAUGGGCCAUCAUGUACAACAUCGCGCAGGGCAACCCUCCUCAGAUGCCGUCGACCGACCAGCUCAGCCCUCAGGGUAUCGACUUCUUGAAGAGGUGCUUCACGAGGGACCCCAAGCAACGGGCGUCCGCCGUUGAGCUCCUGCAGCACGAGUGGAUCAUGACGAUUCGCAGCCAGGUCGUGGAGCCGCCCACGCCCAGCGACGCUAGUAGCUCGGCUCAGUCAACACCCAGCUCCAGGAGCAACACCAACGAAGGUUUCUACUAG